CUUGCGGCCCUGGGCGCCAGCGGGUCCGCUAGGUGGCUGUGUCUUUUAGCGUCUUCGCCGGCCGGCCACAGCCUUCCGGUGGUUGGACUACAUUUCCCAGAGCCCCCGCUUCCUAAGGCGGCUUCCUUUCCGUUUGUUCGCGCGACUUGGGGGCCUCGCUUUGGGGGAGAGCUGUUUCUGUGGAGGAGCGAGGGCCAGCCCUGGUGGGACCCGCGAAGCCGAAGUCGCACUGGACCCCGAGGGCGAUCCUGAACUGCACCUUCUGUCGAGGGCCCAGAGGAGGAAAAAUGGCUGUUAUGCAUUCAAAAGCAAAGUCCAGGAGAUUGGUGAUGUUCAGGGAUGUUGCCAUUGACUUCUCUCAAGAAGAAUGGGAAUGCCUGGACUUUGCUCAAAGGGAUUUGUACAGAGAUGUGAUGUUGGAGAACUAUAGUAACUUGGUGUCACUAGAUUUGUCAUCAAGAUAUGCCAAUAAUUACUUACCUCCAAAAGAAGAUACUUAUGAAACAGAAUUAUUUCAAUGGGAAAUGAAUGACAGGCUUCAAAUCUAUGAUAUUAAGAAGUCUAUUUCUAGAGAUUAUUUGGAAGUCAGAGGCACAUUGGAAAAUCAGAAGGAAUUUUUCAGGCAAGGAAUGAUUAUAUAUGAAAAAAUGUCUAUUUUCAAUCAGCAUGCUUACUUAUCUCAAUAUCCCACAUGUAAUUCUGAGAAGCCCUAUAAAUGUAAGGAAUGUGGGAAGGCCUUUAGACGAGCCUCACACCUAACUCAACAUCAGAGUAUUCAUACUGGUGAAAAACCCUAUCAAUGUAAGCAAUGUGGGAAGGCCUUUAGUCGUGAUUCACAGCUCAGUCUUCAUCAUAGACUUCAUAGUGGUGAGAAACCAUAUGCAUGCAAGGAAUGUGGGAAGGCCUUUACUCAGAGCUCACAACUGAUUUUACAUUACAGAAUUCAUACUGGUGAAAAACCAUAUAAAUGUGAACAAUGUGGGAAAGCUUUUAUUCGUAGUUCACAACUAACCCGACAUCAAAAAGUCCAUACUGGAGAGAAACCUUAUGAAUGUAAAGAAUGUGGGAAGGCCUUUACUCAGAACUCACAACUUACACUGCACCAGAGACUUCAUACUGGCGAGAAACUCUAUGAAUGUAAAGAAUGUAGAAAGGUCUUUACUCAGCUCUCACAACUUAUUCUACAUAAGAGAAUCCAUACUGGUGAAAAACCCUAUGAAUGUAAGGAAUGUGGGAAAGCUUUUAUUUGUGGCUCACAGCUUUCUCAACAUCAGAAAAUUCAUAAUGGGGAAAAGCCAUAUGGAUGUAAAGAAUGUGGGAAGGCCUUUAUUCGUGGCUCAUUACUUAUGCAACAUCAGAGGAUUCAUACUGGUGAAAAACCCUAUAAAUGUGAACAGUGUGGGAAGGCCUUUAUCCGUGGUUCACAACUUACUCAACACCAGAGAAUUCAUACCAAUGAGAAGCCCUAUGAAUGUAAGGAAUGUGGAAAGACCUUUAAUCAUGGUUCACAACUUACUCAACAUCAGAGAAUUCAUACUGGUGAGAAACCCUAUCAAUGUAAUGAAUGUGGAAAAGCCUUUAAUAGAGGCUCACUACUUACUCGGCAUCAGAGGAUUCAUACUGGUGAGAAACCCUAUGAAUGCAAAGAAUGUGGAAAGACCUUUAGUCGUGGCUCAGAACUUACUCAACAUGAGAGAAUUCACACUGGUGAGAAACCCUAUGAAUGUAAGGAAUGUGGAAAGUCUUUUAUUCGUGGUUCACAGCUUACUCAACAUCAGAGAAUUCAUACUGGUGAGAAACCUUAUGAAUGUAAAGAAUGUAGAAUGGCCUUUACUCAGAGUUCACAUCUUUCUCAACAUCAGAGACUUCAUACUGGUGAGAAGCCAUAUGUAUGUAAUGACUGUGGAAAGGCCUUUGCUCGUGGCUUACUACUUAUACAGCAUCAGAGAAUUCAUACAGGUGAGAAACCUUAUCAGUGUAAGGAAUGUGGGAAGGCCUUUAUUCGUGGUUCACAACUUACUCAACAUCAGCGAAUUCACACUGGAGAAAAACCCUAUGAAUGCAAGGAAUGUGGGAAAGCCUUUAGUCAUGGUUCUCAACUUACUUUACAUCAAAGAAUCCAUACUGGUGAGAAGCCCUAUGAAUGCAAAGAAUGUGGAAAAGCCUUUACUCAGAGCUCACACCUUUCUCGACAUCAGAGAGUUCAUACUGGUGAGAAACCAUAUCAAUGUAAGGAAUGUGGGAAGGCCUUUACUCGUGGUUCACAACUAACUCAACAUCAGAGAAUUCAUAUCAGUGAGAAAUCUUUUAAAUAUAAGGAAUGUGGAAUAGACUUGACUCAUAGCUCACAAGUUUAUAUAUGAAUUUGAAACUUUGUGAUUAAUAAAGAGAUUUCUGUGGUCAUUAAUCCAUUAUAAUCAAAGAAUUCUUAAAAUGUGAAUAUGGGAGUACACUUUCUCAUAAAACUCUGCAUCAGUGAAUUUAUUUGCGGAAGAGUGAUAAUGUAAUCCAUAUAGAAAAAUUUAUUACUAGAAACUGAUUAAACUUUGGUGAAUUUUAAUCAAUAGUAAUGUAAUAAAUAUUAGAAGGCCUUCAGCCAUAGCAUGUCUUUUUAAGCAUUAUCUUGACUCUAUCAGUUGCUUCCCUUUGUGACAUUUGUUAUGAUAACCUUUAGUUUAAUCAUUUGUAAGAAAACCUAAUACCUUCCUUAUCAAAUUCUUGAAAGUAUUAUGUGAGUUGUUACAUGUAAAGCUUUUAGAGCAGUGCCUUGAACAUAGCAUAGCACAGAUAUUAGCUGUUAUUAUAGUGUUAGAUAAUUUGCAUGAGAGAAGGACACUUAUGAGUAUAAUGAAUAUCGAGAAAUAUUCCAUUUAACAUUUAACCCCAAUUAUUUGAAUGGGGAACACUGUAUGCUAUAAUAAAUGUGAGCAAGCUUUUAUUUAGAUUUGAUCCAAUAUGCUAUAAGAGGAAAUUCAUACUGUAUAUUUAAAAAAAACCACUGUAGGUUUAAUGAGUGGAUUGUUGACGAGGUUUUAAGUGAAUUGUAACAAAGUCCAACAACUCAUAUUUUCUAUUUCUAACCACAAUUCAAGAUUAUUAUUUAGAAAUGGAUAACCAUAAUAAAUCUUUCUACUAGGAACUUUUUAAAAACUUAGGUUUACAGAUUUUGAUUAACAUGAAAAUAAAAACUGACAUUACAGACUGUUUUGCAAUGAAAAAAUGAGUCUAUGUCAGAGACUGCUGUUUUUCUGCCCAAUAUCCAUUUCCCUUUUUUAGUAAAUGAAUUCUUGAUUGAAAACCUAUGUAAGCUUUCCUUGCUGAUCAAAGUGGAAAUGAUAUUUUGUAUGAUUAGGACAUUUAACCCCUUUUCCUCUAUUUUCCCUCUGUCUACAAUGUGGACAUUUAACCUGUAGUGCUGGCAGUUUUAUGGGAACUUUGAGAAUGGGUAUUAAGGAUGGUGGAGCAGAAAAACAAAAUAUACACCUCUGCUGAUUUUAUACAACAGCCACAACAACUUUGGUC